GGGCGGGGCGGGAGGAGCGGAGCCGCACUCGCUGAGGAUGCAGCAGCGGCGGCGGCGGCAGCAGCGGCGUGGAGUCCCCUGCGCCCCGCGGCCCGAGCGGCGGGCUGCGGCAGCGGUGGCGGCGCCCCGCGCUGGGUGAGGCCGCCGAGGCCGUGCGCGCUGAUCCGUGAGCCGAGGGGGAAGAGGGCAAAGAAGCAAGUCUGCCAGGCGCUGCUCCAGACUCCCGCCUCCUGCGAGAAGCCACAGACCAGCAGAGACAUAAGAUGGCCCGCCCCGGCCUCCUGCUGUGCCUGCUCUCCGCCUCUGUCCUCCCCCUGCUGGGUGGGAGCUCCGCCUUCCUGUCGCACCACCGCCUGAAAGGCCGGUUCCAGAGGGACCGCCGGAACAUCCGCCCCAACAUCAUCCUGGUGCUCACAGACGACCAGGACGUGGAGCUCGGCUCCAUGCAGGUGAUGAACAAGACGCGGCGCAUCAUGGAGCAGGGCGGCGCGCACUUCGUCAACGCCUUCGUCACCACGCCCAUGUGCUGCCCCUCGCGGUCCUCCAUCCUCACCGGCAAGUACGUGCACAACCACAACACCUACACCAACAACGAGAACUGCUCCUCGCCCUCCUGGCAGGCGCAGCACGAGAGCCGCACCUUCGCCGUGUACCUCAACAGCACGGGCUACCGGACAGCUUUCUUCGGGAAGUACCUGAACGAGUACAACGGCUCCUACGUGCCGCCCGGCUGGAAGGAGUGGGUCGGCCUCCUCAAGAACUCCCGCUUCUACAACUACACGCUGUGCCGGAACGGGAUGAAGGAGAAGCACGGCUCUGACUACUCCAGGGACUACCUGACCGACCUCAUCACCAACGACAGCGUGAGCUUCUUCCGCACGUCCAAGAAGAUGUACCCGCACCGGCCCGUCCUCAUGGUCAUCAGCCACGCCGCCCCCCACGGCCCCGAGGACUCGGCCCCCCAGUACUCGCGCCUCUUCCCCAACGCGUCCCAGCACAUCACGCCCAGCUACAACUACGCGCCCAACCCCGACAAGCACUGGAUCAUGCGCUACACGGGGCCCAUGAAGCCCAUCCACAUGGAGUUCACCAACAUGCUCCAGCGGAAGCGCCUGCAGACCCUCAUGUCCGUGGACGACUCCAUGGAGACGAUCUACAACAUGCUGGUGGAGACGGGCGAGCUGGACAACACCUACCUCGUGUACACCGCCGACCACGGCUACCACAUCGGCCAGUUCGGCCUGGUGAAGGGCAAGUCCAUGCCGUACGAGUUUGACAUCCGGGUCCCGUUCUACGUGCGAGGCCCCAACGUGGAGGCCGGCUCGCUGAACCCCCACAUUGUCCUCAACAUCGACCUGGCCCCCACCAUCCUGGACAUCGCGGGGCUGGACAUCCCCUCGGACAUGGACGGGAAGUCCAUCCUGAAGCUGCUGGACACGGAGAGGCCCGUGAACCGGUUUCACUUGAAAAAGAAGAUGCGGGUCUGGCGAGACUCCUUCCUGGUGGAGAGAGGCAAGCUGCUCCACAAGAGGGACAGCGACAAGGCGGACGCCCAGGAGAACUUCCUGCCCAAGUACCAGCGCGUGCAGGACCUGUGCCAGCGGGCCGAGUACCAGACCGCGUGCGAGCAGCUGGGACAGAAGUGGCAGUGCGUGGAGGACACCACGGGGACGCUGAAGCUGCACAAGUGUAAGGGCCCGGCGCGGCCCGGCGGCAGAGCCCUGUCCAACCUGGUGCCCAAGUACUACGGGCAGGGCCAGGGCGAGGCCUGCGCCUGCGACAGGGGCGGGGAUGACCAGCUCGGCCUGGCCGGGCACCGCAAGAAGCUCUUCAAGAAGAAGUACAAGGCCAGCUACGCCCGUAACCGCUCCAUCCGCUCAGUGGCCAUCGAGGUGGACGGCCAAGUGCACCAUAUAAGCCUGGAUGAGGCAUCCCUGUCCCGCAAUCUCACCAAGCGGCACUGGCCAGAGGCCCCCGAGGACCAGGAAGACAAGGACGGCGGGGACUUCAGCGGCACUGGAGGCCUCCCGGACCCUUCAGCUCCCAACCCCAUUAAAGUCACACACCGGUGCUACAUCCUCGAGAAUGACACGGUCCAGUGUGACCUGGACCUGUACAAGUCCCUGCAGGCCUGGAAAGACCACAAGCUGCACAUCGACCACGAGAUUGAAACCCUGCAGAACAAAAUUAAGAACCUGAGGGAAGUCCGAGGUCACCUGAAGAAAAAGCGGCCAGAAGAAUGUGACUGUCACAAGAUCAGUUACCACACCCAGCACAAAGGCCGUCUCAAGCACAAAGGCUCCAGUCUGCAUCCUUUCAGGAAAGGGCUGCAGGAGAAAGACAAGGUGUGGCUGUUGCGGGAGCAGAAGCGCAAGAAGAAGCUUCGCAAGCUGCUCAAACGGCUGCAGAACAACGACACGUGCAGCAUGCCGGGCCUCACCUGCUUCACCCACGACAACCAGCACUGGCAGACCGCGCCGCUCUGGACACUGGGGCCCUUCUGUGCCUGCACCAGCGCCAACAACAACACAUACUGGUGCAUGAGGACCAUCAACGAGACCCACAACUUCCUCUUCUGUGAAUUUGCAACCGGCUUCCUCGAGUACUUUGAUCUCAACACAGACCCCUACCAGCUGAUGAAUGCAGUGAAUACACUGGACAGGGAUGUCCUCAAUCAGCUACACGUACAGCUCAUGGAGUUGAGGAGUUGCAAAGGUUACAAGCAGUGUAACCCCCGGACGCGCAACAUGGACCUGGGACUUAAAGAUGGAGGAAGCUAUGAGCAAUACAGGCAGUUUCAGCGUCGAAAGUGGCCAGAAAUGAAGAGACCUUCUUCCAAAUCACUGGGACAGCUGUGGGAAGGCUGGGAAGGUUAAGCAGCAUGGUAUGGACCUCCCAAACAGAGGCAUCACCUGACCAUCCAGAGAGCAAAGCCCUGUGUGAUUCCAGGCAGACCUAUGCCAUCAGCCAGGAGACCUGGGAGACACAGAACUUGCUUUCAGUCAACAUGGCAGAUUGUGGAAGAGAACUACCAGGAGUAGUGAUACUUCGGGAAGCCCAUCUUUGCCCUUGCUUUUGCUUUGGACUGUACCUCACCAGCGGCACAAAAUGCAUUUUCAUAUCAAAGUCACCACUAACCCUCUCCAAGGCUUAAAGGAAAAAAGAACAAAAAGAGGAGGUGUUUUGUUUUUUUUAAUUUCCCUGAAGGAUGAAAGUCACUGGAAUGUUUUUGUUUUUUUUAAGUCGUAGGGAAAGAACAACCCUGUUUUAAAUCCUCUCAUCUUUUGGUUUGUCACGAAGAACGAGCCUAAGAGGCAGGACAGUGGCAGUGUGCAGAUGCCGGGAGCAGUGCCCAGUGGAUAGUGAGUCCACAGCACAAGAAGUGACGUUACCUAGCACUGGAGCCCUGGCUGCCUCUGAAGAAACGGGCUUCACUGUAAAUAUGUGACUAUUUACAUGUAACCGGCGUGGGACUUUUAGGGGAAUCUGACCAAGAAGAAACCCAGUUUUGAAGCGUGGUGGUGUCAAUAAACGCUGUGGCCAGUGUGAGAGAAAAGCCCUGCAGUGUGGACAUUUCUGUUCCCGCCCAGGUACCAUGGCCCCUAUUCCCGUGUUCUCUCUCCCAGAACUGAUGUUUUCUAAAGUGCUGGAAAGAAAUGGAAGUUGACAUACAUCCCACAUUUUAAUGAAGUUGUAUUUGUAAAGAAAGGUUUGUAGUCUAAGUAGUGUCACACAAUGUUCAGAACUCCAGCCAAUGACCAGCAGUCAGUAUGAGGUAACCUUUGACAUUCUGUAAAAGGCCAUUCUUGGGGGUGUUAUGUUUUGUUUUUUCCUUAAAAUCAUUCAAUACACCACCAGUCAACAACUUUUUCAAAGGAGACACCUUUGAUUUGGGUGGUUUUUUAAGGGACAACAGAGGUUACAAAUUAAUGACUAAAAUUUACCAUAUUUCAAGGAACUCACAGGUAAGUCUCACAUUACACCAGCUUUAGGAUUUCACUUUUAAGGUAAAUGUGUUAAAUCAAAUGCAAAGCAACUGCUAAUCCUUCUGUCCCAGGGAAUCUAAUCUGGUGAAAAGAGCAGCUAGAAUGGGAGAACAGGAGGAACCUCAGCCAUCAAGUGGUCCAACCCAUUUCUCAUUCAAUAGAUGAUCCCUUGUCACUCACCUUUUUAAAGAACAGUUCCAUGCUUUUCAAGAACAGUUCCAUGCUUUUCAAGAUUUAUUUUUGGAACGAGUUUGAAGAGUAUAAUCUCCAGUUUUGCUGUUCUAUUGCUGCACACAAUAAGAAGCAUUUGGGGGGGGGGGGGGGGAUUAUUUUAACCUCACAGAAACAGCUACUAUUAUUUGAAAUAAGAGUCCUUAACAUUCUUUUUCACUCUUAAUCCAAUAAGGAUUUUUCUUUAAGUAAAUAAAGCAAGCUCUUUGGCUUCAAUUUUAAAUAGAAACCUUUAUUUACAAUGACACCCAAAAUGAUCAGCAAAACAGUCAUACCUUAACCACACAUCUCAUAAGUUAUCUCAUGUGGUCUGGAUUCUUUGCAGGUUCAAGGAUGAUUUAGAUUUUUUU